CGAUUCCCUGUUAUGAUGGAGGCACAACCAGUGUCGCUCAUUAGCUCAGCUCUGGCCACCAGCAGGUCCCUUUUGCAGUCGGCUGGAGCUGGAUCUUGGCUGAAUUGGGGCAGCUGCGGGGCUUUUCUCUCAGAGCCCAGCCCUGCAUCCCCAUCCUUCCAAGCCCUUGCCACAGGACACCUACAUGUCAUAUCAUCAAGAAUAUGCGAGGACGCCUGAGGGAAGCCUUCUGUGCUGUGCCCCCGGGUGUCACAAGCUGUGUUGCGUGAGGAUAACGGUGACGAUUGCAACAGCCCCAGCAGGCACCUCAGCAGCCAGGAGGGACGAGCAGCAACCCCACCAUGCCCAUGGGUCACUGGCUGAUUGGCCAAGGGCAGAGGCGGCAGCAGGAGGAAGCCCAGCUCCCACCCACCAGCAGCGGGAUAAAAGCCUCACGUUUAGGGCAAAGCAGCACUCUCUGGCCACAGGAGCACGUGGACACGAGGGAUUCCUCUUGGCUCUCUUUGUGCCUGAGCACCAGGACCUCCAUCAGCCCCGUGAAGACGUGCUCCGGGCACCAGCCAUGAAGAUCCUGUUCCUGCUCUUCCCCUUCGUCCUCCUCUUUCUCCAGGGCGCUGCAGGAAACGAUAUCCGAUGCACAAUAGAAGGGGGACGCUGUCGUUUUGGGGGCUGCCAGUUCGCUGAAAAACAGAUUGGGAAAUGUUAUCGUAUCGUACCUUGUUGCAGCAGCCCUGCAGGCACCUCAGCAGCCAGGAGGGACGAGGAGCAACCCCACCAUGCCCAUGGGUCACUGGCUGAUUGGCCAAGGGCAGAGGUGGCAGCAGGAGGAAGCCCAGCUCCCACCCACCAGCAGCGGGAUAAAAGCCUCACGUUUAGGGCAAAGCAGCACUCUGUGGCCGCAGGGGCACGUGGACACGAGGGAUUCCUCUUGGCUCUCUUUGUGCCUGAGCACCAGGACCUCCAUCAGCAGCCCCGUGAAGACCUGCUCCAGGCAUCAGCCAUGAAGAUCCUGUUCCUGCUCUUCCCCUUCUUCCUCCUCUUUCUCCAGGGCGCUGCAGGAAACUCUGUCCUCUGCAGAAUAAGAGGGGGAAGGUGUCAUGUGGGGAGCUGCCACUUCCCUGAAAGACAUAUUGGGAGAUGUUCGGGUUUCCAAGCCUGCUGCAUCAGGACAUGGGGUUGAUGCCCUGAAUGCUGUGAGCAGGAUGUCCCCCUCGCUUCUCGCUCCUGGAAACAGCUGCUGACGUCCUGUUCCAUGGGCCUGCUGUGGUUUGGCCACAGGCUGCUUUUCCCUGCUCCAAUAAAGGCGUGCAGUUUGGCAUUGCA